AUGGCGGAAGAAAGAGGGAUUGUUAUGAGUGUCUAUGCAUACCCAGACGACCAGAAAUUGAAACAUCUUGAAAAGUUCCCUGGAUACGAAAAUGUAUCCAGUGUUUUGGCUGAUGGCAUAUCUUUUGACGAUUCAAGUCUGAGAUUUGACAGUAUUGAUAUAGACUUUGCAGCCAAAACAGGAUAUGCGUACGAAGAGAAUUAUAGAGCUAUUCUUUUUCUGAGCGGGUACGGCAAAGCUCUGGAUGUUGACAACAUGGUGUUUGAUGCAGUGCAUUAUGGGGUUUCUCUGGACUCGAUUCAACUCGCAGUUGACUGGCUGUCUAAGACAGUGUAUUGGUGCGAUGCCACGUACAGGUGGAUAGUGGCGGCGUCUGUUCAUAAAGACAAAGUUAGUAAGGAUUAUUUCAAAGUCAUCAUAAAUGAUCAUCUGGAAAAACCAGCGGGCAUUGUGGUAGAUCCUUUAGAAGGAUACUUGUUUUGGUCAGAUUCCGGAAAGGAAGCUAAAAUUGAAAGAUCCGAUUUGACCGGAAGAAACCGUAAAACAAUCGUGAGUAAGGGUGUAACGAGUCCAGGUCAAAUGACCGUGGACAUUGCAGAUAAACGUAUUUACUGGAUACAUGUUGAGGCCAUACAUAGCGCCAAUUAUGACGGCACCGGACCACGCCACAUUACACGAUAUGGCGUAUCUACUCUUCAUGACUUGGCAAUUUUUAGGGAAGUAAUUUACAUCAGUGAUACAAAUUCUGACGAACUGCUAUCCGUAAACAAGACAGAUGGCCUUGAUGUGGCAGAUCCACUGUUGUUGGACAGUUAUACUAUAUAUGGUCUGGCAGUUUACAGUGCAGAAACUCAGCCGACAAAAGACAAAGGUAAAGUAUCAAUGCUUGAUGCUAUUUUUUGCAAUUGCAAUCACAUCGGACAUACUGUGAAUGUGCACGUGACAAGAAUCUAA